ACCGGGAUAUAAGGAAGUGUUGUGUCAAAUAGAAAGAGGGGCGAGCCUGUCUUGUUGUUUUUGAGAGGACUCAGCAGCAACAUUUCACGCUCUCAUAAAGCCCAGAGCUGAAGGAAGAGACGGACGGCUUCAGUAGUUUGUUAUUCAUUGAUGAAAAUGGCUUUAAAUCGCCCGUUUGCGCCGGUCUUAUUGAGUUGUGUGCUAAUCUGCGUCACUCUGUGGAGCAACCUGAGCAGCUGUGUGCUCGCUAAAUCAUCCCGGAGACCCAACAUUGUUCUGAUCCUCACCGACGACUUGGACAUCGCCAUCGGGGGUCUGAGUCCACUCGCCAAGACGAAAAAACUAAUUGGCGAUGCAGGGAUAUCAUUCACAAACGCAUUUGUCGCCAGCCCGCUGUGCUGCCCCAGUCGGGCCAGCAUCCUGACGGGGAAAUACCCCCACAACCACCACGUCAUCAACAACACCUUAGAGGGAAACUGCAGCAGCAAGGUCUGGCAGAAGAGCGAGGAAGCACACACCUUCCCCGCGCUGCUGAAGACCUACACCGGCUACCAGACUUUCUUCGCUGGGAAAUACCUUAACCAGUACGGGCACUCAGAGGCUGGUGGAGUGGAGCACGUUCCUCCAGGCUGGAACUACUGGGUCGGACUGGAGAAGAACUCUAAAUACUACAACUACACUCUGUCAGUGAAUGGAAAGCCUGAGAAACACGGAGCGGACUACAGCAAAGACUACCUGACAGACGUCCUGGCCAACAGGUCUCUGGCCUUCCUCCAGUAUAAAUCCAACUACCAGCCGUUCUUCAUGAUGGUGUCCAUUCCGGCCCCCCACUCCCCUUGGACAGCGGCCCCUCAGUACCAGAACAGCUUCAACAACACCAAGGCUCCCAGAGACCCCAACUUCAACGUCCACGGCAAGGACAAACACUGGCUGAUCAGACAGGCUAAAACCCCCAUGUCCAACGCCUCUGUUCAGUUCCUGGAUGAUGCUUUCAGGAAACGGUGGCGGACGUUGCUGUCGGUGGACGACCUGGUGGAGAAAAUAGUGAAGAGGUUGGAGGUCAGCGCUGAACUGGACAAUACGUACAUCUUCUUUACUUCUGACAACGGCUACCACACAGGUCAGUUCUCUCUUCCUCUGGAUAAGAGGCAGCUCUACGAGUUUGACAUCAGAGUUCCACUCAUGGUCAGAGGACCAAACAUCAAGCCCAACCAGACCAGCCAGAUGCUGGUGUCCAACGUCGACCUCGGUCCAACCAUCCUGGACAUCGCCGGCUACAACGUCAACAAGACGCAGAUGGACGGCAUGUCCUUCUUGCCUGUUAUGGAGGGGAAGAUGAACAGCAGCGGCUGGAGAACUGACAUCCUGGUGGAGUAUGAAGGAGAGGGAAGCAACGUGACGGACCCGGCCUGCCCUCUGCUGGGACCAGGAGUGUCGGAGUGCUUCCCAGACUGUGUGUGUGAAGACUCGUACAACAACACCUACGCAUGUGUGCGCACAGUGGCCCCCUCUGCCAACCUGCAGUACUGCGAGUUUGACGAUAAUGAGGUGUUUGUAGAAGUCUACAACAUGACCGCAGACCCCUACCAGCUGACCAACAUCGCAAAGACCAUCGACCAGGAAGUCCUGGAGAAGAUGAACCACCGGCUGAUGAUGCUGCAGUCCUGCUCCGGACAGUCGUGUCGGACCCCCGGCGUGUACGAUACAAGGUAUAAAUUUGACCCCCGACAGAUGUUUCCUCGCCACAGCUGGCGGCUCAGCCGACUCAGACAGUAGGUGGAGGAAGAAGAAGAAGAAGAAGAAGAAGGACGGAGGGAAGCUGUGUCUCCUUGUUUUCAGGCCUCUUGAGCCAGUCGUUUUGUAGAUGGAUGGAGAAGGGAUUGGGGGGGGGGGGUUGCCAUAGAGACGGAGGUCUCUCUGGGUGCAGAACCCACCUUUUCAAGCUUCCAGAUUGGGCUGCUGUUUAGUGAGUUUGCCAGCAGGCGUGCAGGGAAAUGAUUCAGGAUGGAUUUACACUCACAAGCUGUUAACGUCUGUUUUCUUGUAAGCAUCAUGUGUCUACUCAGUCAGUCGUAUUCAUUUGAUAAUUCUGCAGAUCAAAUAUUUGACCCAGUUCUUAUUUAUAUCCAAGUCUGUUGUUUGUUUUUUUCUCCUGCCGACAGAGACCCCCCCCCCCCCCCCCCCCCCCAGUCUCCCCCCGCUCCCCGCUCCCCCCGCUCAUGAACAAAAUGACCCGAUAGUUAUUAGACACUGGAAGCAGCCAACGCGUGGUGCCUUUAAGGGAAAAAGUUGGGCACGAAUUUUCAGAUUAUUUUUGUCCCAAUAAAUCAGACGGACAGAAUAAUCAACACGACUGAACAUUUAACAGAGAAUUACAGACUUUUCUAUCAUCUAUUACUAAUCUAUCAUUCAAGUGUAUCAGAAAACAUUGAGUAAAAAGCAACUUUUGUGACUAUUUAACAUUGUAGCGAAUUAUUAGCGGCAUCAAUGAAAGCCUCAAUUUAAAGUUCAGUUAUAACGGCUAAAUACUGACUUUUUAAGUGUUUCCAGCAUCAGACGUUAAUUAUUUUUAUUUCAGUGAGCGGUGUUAAAGCACUUUUUUUUUUUUUUUUUCAUUUAUCCAUUUCAAAUUAAUCGUCACUUUUUGUCUCGAUUCCCUGUUUGGAUUUUAUUCCAUCACGUGUUGAACAUUUCAAACUUGUUUAUGCGUUUAUUUUAGUCACAACUGUCACUUUAAAUGAACAGAAACAUACAUUUUUAUGUCGAGGAGGAAGAUUUGACUUCAUCAAAUCCAAUAUUUCACUUAUAACUUCUUGUUUUGCAGCGUUUCACUGAGCCAACUUUUAAACUUUGGUUCCAUACAGAGAUUAACUUUCUUGCCAAAAUA